AUGGCAGAGCUGGAAACCAACUCGCCGGUAAAGUUUUGUUUACAUACAUGGGGAGCUAAUAGUUACGGUCAACUGGGACAGGGACAUGCGGAGGACCAGUCUCGGCCACAGGCAGCAGACACCACCGCCUUACAAUCCCGACCCGUGGCGCUCAGUGGUGGAGGGGGGCACUCCGUGCUGAUCACCGAAUAUGGUGAAGUGCUUGUAUGUGGGCAAAAUAACAAAGGGCAACUUGGUCUUGGCCACACCUUAAACAUCUACACACUUGAGCCUUGUCCUGGUCUCAGACAGAAAAUCACAAAUGUUUCCUGUGGCUGGGAUUAUACGCUUCUUAUGACAGACAUUGGUAAAAUACUGGCAUGUGGAUCCAAUACAUUUGGACAACUAGGCAUCGGAGAGGCUGUCCAACUUUCAGCAAAUUGGCUUGUUGUAGAAAGCAUAAAAGAACCAGUGGUGAGUGUUGCAGCAGGCCUUAGACACUCACUUGCAGUAACAGUUUCAGGCUUUGUAUAUCAAUGGGGAACUGGUCUUUUCAGUCUUGCGAAAAGAGCUUUACCAUUUUGCAAAAUACCAGCACAGUUCAAUAGUAAACUCCCAUGUCUGGUCCCAGGGUUGAAGGAGAAGAAGCCAUGUAUGGUAACUGCAGGAAUGGCACAUUGCUUAUAUCUCACAGAAGAUGGAGAUUUAUAUAUGUGGGGAAGCAACAAGCAUGGCCAGUUAACUUCCUCUGAUCUUUUCGUAUCCACUCCCAUCCUUCUAAAGCGUUGCCUGUUGGGUAAAGCCAAAAUAAUCAAUGCUUGGAGUGGAUGGACUCAUAAUGUUGUUCAAACAGAAUGUGGACAGGUGUUUACAUGGGGCAGACAAAAUUAUGGACAGCUUGGCCGCACAAUAACAACCAAUCUGAAUUCAAAGCUGUCACAUGGUCUGGUGGCAGAAGGUAGCAGCCAGGAGGCCUGCCUCCCUGCAGAAGUCAAAGUCCUUAGUGGGGCCACACAGAUUGCUUGUGGAUCUGAACACAGCCUUGCAAUUGUUGGGAGCAGUCUUUUCUCUUGGGGCUGGAACGAACAUGGGAUGUGCGGAGAAGGGUCACACACUAAUGUCUUGGAGCCGUGUCUCCUUUCAGGAGUCGACCCUCUUCUUAUUGGGUGCGGAGCUGGACAUUCUUUGGCGCUGUGCAGUGCGACACUACCUCACUAA